AUGAAUGCACAGAAGGCACGCGUUGCAUGUAUGUCAAAUAAGUUUAAAAACAUAAGAGAAAUAGGUGAAGAUACGUAUCAAGUGAUGCUUAAAGAUAGAUUUUAUAGAUGUGAUACAUGUUUACAAGAGGCAUUCUUCACUUUAGAUAAUGCUAAAUACUGGUAUUUGGUUUUCAUUUAUGAUUUUAUGUAUAAAUGCAUGGAUGUUAAUCGUUUUCAUUUCAUUGAAGGUGAUACUGAUUCAUCUUAUUGGGCAAUCGCUGGCGACCCAAAUCUUCCUAACACUCAAGCAUUUCAAGCAAUUGUAACCGAUAAACAAUUUUAUGAUAAAAACAUUUUCAAAUUCGCACCAUUUGAUUUCUUCUGUUUUGAUGAGAAAUUUAAACCUAAAUUAAAGAAUAAAGCUGAAGAAAAAGCACAUGAGAAGAAGUUAUUGGGUUUAGCAAUUGAGAAACAAGGUGAUAACAUGGUUGCUUUAUGCCCUAAGUGUUAUACAUCAUUCAACGGUUCAAUUGAUGGAAGUGAUUUUAAAAAGAUUGCACAAAAAAUGAAAGGUGUUAGUUUACGACAAAAUAAACAAUUAACACCUAAAAAUUAUUUGGAUAUAAUAAAUGAUAAAGUGAUAUUUGAUGGUCAGAAUAUUAAUUUACAACUUAAAAACGGGUCAAUGACUCGCUUAACAAUCGGUAAGACUGCAUUAACAGGAGCACACACUAAGGCUGUAUGUUGUGAAAAUGGAUGUUGUAUGCCGUUUAUUUAA